CUUUUGUCUUAAUUUCCGUUGGUAAAUCCUCGUGGAUUAAACACCGUGUCGCUGAUGUUUCCUGUAUAAGAAGUAGUGCUGGAUCCCAGUAUCUAAAGUGAGCAAGCUGCAACGGAUUUUGCGUCUGACAUCUCAUUUUUGCAUCAUUGACAAAAUUGCCUGCAAAGCCUACCUACAUCAUACAAGGCAAUUGCUUUCCUUCGUUCGUUCAAACAUGGUUUCUUUCACCCACGUCGCAGCCGUCUUAUUUGCGGCCACUACUGUCACAGCUGCGACCGGGCAGACGGACUGUUCCUGCAAAACUCUCGACGCGAAUGGGAAUGUGAUGCCUGACGAUGCCGGGGUAACCAAAGGCUGUGCUGGACGCGGACAACUUGUGACUCGAACUGGCACCCUCGACUGCUACGACCAAGCUGAAUGCUUGUAUUGCAUUGUCACUCUGGAUGGUACCCAGGAGGAUGAUGUCAAAUCCAAGGGUUUCAUCAGCUAUUGCUCCCUACACGGAAAAUGUGGGAAGUAUGUUCAGUAAAGUUAAGUAUUGCAGUAAAUAGUCAUGCCGAUGGCCAUAUGACGCUUGGUUACGCCAAAAGUUGACGUUACUCAACUUCUUCUCGUGACGAUUCAUCCUCACGGCCCUUCCAACGAAGGCAAAUUUCGGAAAAAGAAAGCUGCUAGGAUCGUAUAGAAAAUACCUACUCUUAAGGUUCAUCAGGCCUUAACAACUUACCUCCAAUUACUAGGCCUGCUGCCUCUAAGACUAAGAGUAGCAAUACGUUUGGGAUUAUGUACCAGCUAGUCUAUAUAACUCUAAGAGCAGCCUAGGAACAGGGUUUCCUAAGUAACACGCAG